AUGGCAUCGCGUGACCCAGCGUCUGCGAGGGAGUUGCGCGGGCAGCCGUCCGAUGAGGAUGCGGCGAACGAUCCUUGGAAGAAGCUCUAUGGCCCUCAGGGCUCCAUAGCCAAUAGGUUCCCGGGUGUAAUCGGCCUGAGGCCCCUGGGCACAGUCAACAAAUUGUACCGCGUCCACCAGAACAAGCACAUCCACUUCUUUUCGGACGGCCCCUUCACUGGCGAGCGCAUGUUCAAGAUGCACGAGGAGAACUUCAGGCGCCGGGAGGCCGUCGAAGAGCAGUGCACGCAGAAGGUUAUCGAGAUGGGGAACGUGGCCGCGGUCAGGGGCCAGCCCUGGGCCAUAAUGUCCGAGGGCGACAAGCCGCCGUACAAGCUUGUGAGCUGCGGGGCCUUGACCCGGGCGAUCUACAACGCGUUCGACCGGGAGCCGCAAAACAAGAACGUCAUCGAGACGCUGAACGCUGGGCUCGAGGGCGUCGCCUUGUACAGCCACAAAGCCCCGGUUGACGUCCUCCGCUGGUUGCGGGACUUCCACGAUGAGUUCCGCGGCGGCUCGGGCUUCACGCUACUGGAGCUCUACGAGCCGGUAGAAAAGAUCGAGGGCAUGUGGAAGGCUGAGGCUAUUUUGAAAGGGUACGACGUCUCGAACCAGGUCAGCAGGCAUCAGUAUAUCGAUAAGCACUGGCCUGGGAAGGUUUCGACGGCCCACGUGUUCAACGUGGCCAAGGCGACCAUGCACGCACUCGGGCGGGCCAACUGCAAGAAGCCGGUGCUUGCCUUGCUGGGGUCCACGUGCAAUUUCGCCGACCCCGCCAUGAAGAACGAGCAGGUUGUUCAGAGCAUCCACAUGGUGAUCGUCGUGCUUACGGACUCGUUCAAGGGCGCCAUCUCCGAGCCGAUGUUUCCCAUCGUGCUCUUGGAGAUGAUCAAGUUCGCCAUCCCGUGCUGCAAGCCGAGGGGCGGCGCGGAGACGGAGGGCGCCAAGUACCUGGCCACCGUCUGCUGCUCUAAGACGGGCGACUGGGUUCUGAACGACAGGCAUGCGACGCAGGAGUCGCAGGCGUACAAGCGCAUGGCGACAAACCUGACUAAGGCUGCGGUGCCCAACAAGAAAAAUAAGCUCAACGCGGAUGAGGAUGCCCCCGUGGAGGCGCCCACCCUGGAGAUGGCGUGCGCCGGCGCCGCCGUGAUAGCUGACGACGCCGCCGGCGACGCCGACGGCGCCGACGGCAACUCCGCCGCCGCUGGCGGCGACGGCGGCGAGAUGCGUCAGAUAUCGCGCAGCAAGAUGUGGCUCGACGACCUGAUGGAUUGCAUCGAGUGCCCGAUCAAGGUGGCCAAGGACUCGAGCGUGUGCGAGCUGGACAAGAAGGGCGAGAUCGCGUGUCGGUCUGUGGCAGUCAAUCUCGGCCUCGACUUCUGCUUCAAUGGUGUCAUCACGCUGAACAGCGUGGAUAUCACGCGUUGGUCCGUCCUCAGGCCGAAGCUGCAGGACCUUGUCAACGCGGCGGCGAGAUCAGGCGGGCUCCACAGGCUCGCGGCUGAGAGCAACACCACCCUGGGCCCCGCCAGUGGCAGCGUGGACGUGGAGGCCGCGCUGCUCGGCGUGCUGGAGAAGGGCAACAAGGCCAGCUCCGGCUCCGCCAGCGACAACACCACCCACCCUCUGCAGACGGCAACCGACGCGCAGAUGAGCGCGCUGAAGAGGCUGAGCGAGUCGAUGUCCGCUGCUGCUCCCAUCCGCAUGCACAUGGACUACGCCAUGGUCCGCGCCGCCGCCUGGAAGGGGGCCUCCAGGCACCAGGGGCAACAAGACGACACCGGGCUGCAUAAAGUAGUAUUCAUUUUCGCCAAUGCGUUCAAGGAUCACUUCGGCGAGUCGUGGGGGCUGCGGGCCAGCGCCCUCGCGGCGAUCCAGGUGGCUUCGACGAAGGGCAAGUUCCUGGACUGGGCCGCGAAGCCGUUCGAGGCUCGCUACAUGUUCGAAUUCUUCGCCGAUUGCGCCGUGGACUUCCCCUGCCUUGGCGGCAGGGGGGGGGAGCUGAGGGUGCUCGGAGACGCAUCGCGCAGCAUGCAGGACUUCUCGGAUUUCCUCGUAGACAUGGGCUCUGCAACGACCUGGAAGAUGUCUAGCGCCAGCGACUGGCCGACUGCAUGGGGUGGUAUCAUGGCUGAGAUCUUCGCCUGCGGCGACGUGCUUCCCGUGAAGGCGGCGCAGCUGGAGCCGCUGAAGAAGAAGCUCGAGCGGAGUCUCAAGCAGCGCACCAAGGAGACCGGGGAUGACUCGCAGGAAGUCGUCGAGUCGCAGACGCAGAUGGCCGAGAGCAAGGGCAGUGCAGGCUCCGAGGACGGCAAGACGCCCGAUGAUGAUGCCAACAAGCCUACGGCGGUCCCUCUGAGUGCCGCGCUGGUCUACGUGAAUCCGAAGAAGGUGGUCGACACGCUCGCGAGGGCGGGUGCCUGGUCAACGGUGGUGGACGACCCCGUCCCUAAGAUUCAGAGCGAGAUCCACGACUUCGCUUUCAAGGUCGACCUUGACAACGAGGAGGUAAAGCAGGGGUUCUCCAUGCACUGGGUCGGCCGCAUGACUAAGUUCAUCGAGUGGAAGCUGGCUGAGGCGGCGUGCGCCAGGGACGAUUCGUCGAUUACCAAUCACUCCAAGCUGCGCAUCAUGAUGGACAACAAACUCGCGAGGAGUCCGCCUCAGCCGCUUCACUCCAACGGCGACCUCGAGGCAUUCACGAGCUUGCAGCUUCCCUUCGCGGGCGCCGUCGACAUCAAGGGGGGCAGUCCGUGCACCCAGAUCGGGGCUAUCAACAUCUACUCGGCGACGCGCGGCUUCGACUACGACGUCCCCAUCUACGUGAGCGGCGCCAACUGCAAGGAUGCGUGGGCGCCAGGCGUUUGCCCUGCCUGGGCAGCCCCCCUUGCGAAGGGCGGCCAGGCGCCGACCCUGGAGCUGGACCAGGCGCAGGGCGCGUGGAGUGUGCCAGAUGGGCUCCGGCUGCGGCCGUCGGCCUCGAUGGAGACGAUCACGGUGUGCCUGAAGCUCGCCUGGAGCGACGAGACCCUGAAGCCCGCGGCCAAGAGCAACGGGCGCCUCCUGGAGAAGCUCAACUAUGACAUCGUGGGUUGCAUCGGCGCCAUCAGCAUGUCUUUCAACCAGGGCGCGGCCGCUGCUGCCGCGCCCGCGCGCGCGGGCAACUCGGCAGCGAUGAAGGCGGCGGCGAAGCAUUUGCUCAGGUAG